AUCCUGACACUUCAUCACAACAGUUAUUAUGAAGUCACUACUUAAACAUUUUUUGUGUUUUUGUGUAGUUUAUUUAGUUAAAUCUGCAACUAUUACAGCAGAUCCGGCGACUGAUUUAAUACUCAUUUUUAGACAUGGAGCUCGUACAACAACGGGGUUUUACCCUAACGAUCCUAACAAAGGCCAGUCGUUCUAUCCAAUCGGAAUGGGAGGAUUAACAAACGAUGGUAAAUUAGGAGAGUACAAAUUAGGGCGUUACCUCAAGAGCCUCUACGGAGACUUUCUCGGUGAUGUUUACACCGAAGAUGAGGUAUGGGUGAGAAGUACCGAUGUUUCAAGGACUAAAAUGAGUGCCCAAUUAGUCCUCGCUGGACUUUUCCCGCCCAAUGAGAUUCAGCAAUGGAAUCAAGACCUAGAAUGGCAACCAAUCCCGGUUUCGUAUAAAUCCGAUUCCGAAGAAGAUCUGUUUCAUCCAUGGGGUACGUGUCCUUAUAAAUCUGAUGUCAUUAACCAUUUACUCGAAAUAGAAGAAGUGCAAGACAAGUAUAUUAAACCCUACAAAGAAACCAUGGCUUUUAUUCAAGAAAAUUCCGGCAAAUCUAUGACAAAUCCGGCCGAUAUGCAAGACAUUUUAUUUAAUUUUAAAACGGAAGAUGAUAUGGGGUUGAUUAUCCCCGAUUGGGUAAGGACUAUCUAUCCUGAGCCAAUUCAAAGCAUAGCUGCUCAAGUUUAUGGUUAUCACAAUUACGACCCAAGAACUAGACAAAUCAAUUCCGGUUACAUGUUAAAGAAAAUUCUCGAUGAUUCGAAAAAUAAAAUUGAGGGGAACUCUAAGAAGAAAAUCUAUUUGUAUUCAGGACACGAAUCCACUUUGGGAUACAUGUUAAAUGCCCUCAAUGUCAACUAUAAAGCACACGUUCCGCCCUACGGAAGUGCCAUCUCCUUUGAAAUUCAUAAGGCUAACGACUAUUAUUAUGUCAAGCUUCGUUACAGAAACGAUACAGAAGCUACAGAACCCGUAGAGCUCAACAUUCCAAAAUGUGGAGUUCUUUGUCCUUAUGACCAAUUUGUUCAGUUGCAGAAAGAUUUAAUUCCAACGAUUUCGAUUCAAGACGCCUGUAGAAAGAACAACUAUUUGUAACUUGGUUAAUAGCCCACAGAUGGCAGCUGCUUUAAGAUACGAAACUACAAGAGUAUUAUACUCAUUGACUAAAAUGUUCAAUAAAGGGUCCCAGAACUUUAAAACAAUAUUCAUGAAAGAUUGUUAUUUAUGUUGCGUAUAGUUAUUCUCUAAAAAAUUAAUAACUAAAAAUUUUAGAGCUAGGUGUUUUUAAUUCCAAAUAUUUCUUAAUUUUAUUGCACUAUUUUUAAUGAUAAAAUGAAAAAGACGUCAACAACUUUAAUACGAAGUGAUCUAGAGUCUGUUGAAAGAAUUUUUGUUAAUAAUACGUACAACCCCACAAGAUUGUUGAAUUGUUCUUAAUCAAAAGCGUACUCUAAUGGUAAGCUUUAAAAAUUAGGGUCAGGAUUGCCAACA